CACUUGCUAAUCUCCGACCCUUUCUCUCUCCUCUCUCAUCCAACCAACACCACUCUCUCUCUCUUAAAUCAAACGAAACCCUAGAGACCCUCUCAUUCUCUCUCAGAUCUUUAUCCCCUUCCCUAUAAAAGACCCCAGGUUUCAAAUCUCUCCCUCUAUAAAUCGAAUCCCCUCUCGUUUCCCGCCCAGAUCUAACGUCUUCUGCUCUCUGAUCCUUGUAAACCCUAAGAUUUGAGCUGAAUCGGUUAGAUCUGGUUAUUUUUUUGAUCCGAUCGCGUUUGAAAACCUGGGAACUGGUUAAAAGAUUUGAUUUUGAGGAUAAAUUGAGGGUAUAAGCUGGUGGGUUACGUAAAUUAGGACAUCUGAGGUGAAUUUAUCUAAUUAAUGGCAGAUCAAGUGUUGGAAGGGAAUCAGCCUGUAGAUCUUUCAAAGCAUCCAUCAGGGAUCGUUCCAACUCUUCAGAAUAUUGUUUCAACUGUAAAUCUGGACUGCAAGUUGGAUCUGAAAUCCAUUGCUCUACAGGCUCGUAAUGCAGAAUACAAUCCCAAGCGUUUUGCUGCAGUUAUCAUGAGAAUAAGAGAACCGAAGACGACAGCGCUGAUUUUUGCAUCAGGGAAAAUGGUCUGUACGGGAGCGAAGAGUGAGCAACAAUCAAAACUCGCAGCUCGGAAGUAUGCUCGUAUCAUUCAAAAGCUCGGGUUCCCUGCGUCGUUUAAGGAUUUCAAGAUCCAAAAUAUUGUUGGCUCAUGUGAUGUCAAAUUUCCUAUAAGACUGGAGGGUCUUGCAUACUCCCAUGGUGCUUUCUCAAGUUAUGAACCAGAACUCUUCCCUGGCCUUAUCUAUCGCAUGAAGCAGCCAAAGAUUGUUCUUCUCAUAUUUGUUUCAGGCAAAAUCGUCCUUACAGGAGCUAAGGUAAGAGAUGAGACCUAUGCUGCGUUUGAGAAUAUAUAUCCAGUGCUCACGGAAUUCAGGAAAAGUCAGCAGUGACAAGUUUUCAUAGCAGCGGUCCUGGUCAGGAGUAUGCUCAGAUUGUCUUAUGUUUCUGCUGAUGUUCCAGCUCUCGACUGUGUAUAUAUAUAUAUGUGGCGCUAAUCUUAAAAGAGAAUGAGAGUCAGGUGUUAGAGAAACAAGAAGCGAGCAUUUGUGCUUAGUUUUUAUUUGGACUUCGAGCUGUUGUAUCUCACAGCGUUGUCAAGAAAAGGAUUAUUUAGUGGAGGGCAAAAUCAGCUUUUUCUUGUGGUUUGAAUGUCCCUGGACAGUAAUAAACUUCAUGUUAUUCUGUUGGUCUGCACUUUUGAUUUCUAAUAUCAUAACAACAUUGAUGACA